GGGACCAUGUUUUCCGGCAGCCACGAGCGUUGGGCCGCCAUCACAAUCCAAACUUUUUUUAGAGGAUAUUUGGCGAGGAAAGCUCUUCGGGCCAUGAAAGCUCUGGUAAAACUGCAGGCUCUCGUUCGCGGUUAUCUCGUUCGGAAGAGAGCAGAGUUGGUGAGCCAGAGUGGCCGACGUGUCGUAAGACUCCAUUCCAAUGCUCGUCGUUCUCGCAAAUUACAACUCCAGUCUCGAAUUCAGGAGUGCUUCGAUGAUAGCAUAAUCCAAAAAACGGAUCCUCCCUCCCUUCGAAGGUUUCCAUUAAGAAACGACUGCUCGAGCAGCAGCCAUAAGGCUUUCCAAUAUUACUCUGGCGAGAAAUGCCGGUGCUGCUCUACCGCAUCACAAUGCACUCUACGCCUCCUCAGCUCUUCCGUUACGGCGCCAGCGACUCCGGCGAAGCUUGGACCUGAAGCUUUCUCUCGGAAACAUGGCUCCCCAAAUUAUAUGUCAAACACACAGUCGUUUGUUGGCAAGCUGAGAUCGCAGAGUGCCCCACGUCAGCGAGCCGAGGUGGUGGCGAGGACUGCCAUGAAUGACAUUUUGGAGGCGGGGAUUGUUCCCGUGAGAAGGUCUUGCUCGCAGAUUCCGGAUGCCGUAAGGUUUAGAAGUGCGGUGGUGAAGAAGCUUGUGGAGAGGUCCAGGGAGAUCUAAGUGGUGAAGCGUGAUGGGCCAUGGCUUCGGGUUGUUUUAUUUUUCGUUGUAGUUUCUUGAGUACUUAGUGAGCUUAUG